AUGCCCCGCGCAACCAAAUCCACGCGCCACACACCUGGCCUGCCCUCGUCGACCUUCGUCCUCGACAAUGGCGCGUACAACAUAAAAGCCGGGUUCGCACCGGCAGGCCCGGCCUCUGACGCCGCGGCGCUGCAGAAAUGCCAUACCAUCCCCAACUGCAUCGUGCGCACGCGCGACAAGAAGACCUACAUUGGCGCGCAGAGCCAGGAAAUCACACAAUGGAGCGAAGCGUUAUUCCGGCGGCCGGUGGAGAACGGCCAGGUCGUCAGUUGGGAGACGCAGAAGGAGAUCUGGGAUGAGAGCUUCUUCGAUGACAAGACGGCGCGGAACGAACUGUUGGUGAGACAUCCCGAGGAGACGACGUUGCUGUUCACGGAACCGCCAAACACGAUGCCCGAGUUGCAGAAGAAUGCGGAUGAGAUUAUCGUGGAGGAAUGGGGUUUUGGCGGGUAUGCGAGGGUCAUUGGCCCGUCACUUAACGCGUACAAUGACCUCCAUCCACUGUUUGAGGGAGAAUCUUACACGAACUCCGACAACAACAACAAUAACAAUGGUAACACGUUCGCGGAUCUGCCCAUGGAGUGCGUCCUGGUUAUAGACAGCGGCUACAGCCACAGCACGGUCACUCCGCUGUUCAACGGCCGGCCGAUCCAUCGAGCCAUUCGCCGCCUCGACUUUGGCGGCAAGCACCUGACGAAUCUGCUAAAGGAACUCAUAUCCGUGCGGCACUUUGAUCUGCAUCAGGACACCAAGAUUGUCAACGACAUUAAAGAGGAAGUCUGUUUUGUCAGUGACGACUUUCGACGUGAUCUGGAGAGGACAUGGAAGGGCAACAAAGGCCGUCGUCAAGAGGUGGUCGUUUCGAAAACCCAGGACUCGGACCACGCCAUGGAUCUCGACCACCCUGCUUCCCAGCAAGACGAAGAGCUCCGCGUCGAUUACAUCCUCCCCGACGGGAUCCGCCUGCUCCGCGGCUUCUCCCGCCCGCACGACUCAAGCACCAGCGCCCAGAAACGUCGCAAAGCCGCUGCCCUCGCUUCGGAUCCCGAAGCAGAAAUAUCAAUGACACUGGGCAAUGAGCGGUUCUCCGUGCCCGAAAUCCUCUUCUCGCCUAGCGAUAUCGGGUCCAAGCAGCCCGGUCUGCCGGAUAUUGUUAUGCAGAGUCUUGGUGUUUUGCCGCCCCUGGUGCAGGCGACCAUGUUGAGUAACGUGCUCGUCGUGGGCGGGAACGCGAAGAUCGCCGGUUUGGUGGAGAGACUGGAAGCCGAGUUGCGAAUGCGGGUGAAGACAGAAUGGGCCGUGAGGGUGAGGAAGUUGCCGGAUCCGACAACGAGUACGUGGCUCGGGGGUGCGAGACUGGCGAGUAACUGGCCCGAAGUGGUCAGGGAGUACGGUGUCACCAAGGAGGAGUAUUACGAGCACGGAAGUGCCUGGGUCGCACGGCGUUUUGUGAGCGGUGGGAGCGGGAAAGGACCUUGA